GAAACAAGCAGACCCCGCUUUUGAGUUUCUCUGCAUAUAUCGAAAACUACGUUAUUGAAGGUUGGUUGAGUUUGUUUAGAAAUGAAGCCGCCACUGACGGUUUCUCCGCUAGCUUCCGUGUCCGAGUCAUAUUCCAAGGGACACAAAAGAAUGAAAAUGUCUGGAGAUGCAAAAGAUUCCAGUUUAACGGCUUCCCCUUUUACUACAGAAGAUGAAGCGAAAGAGGAGACACCAAAGAUUUCUCAGAACGUUAACAGUUAUUCGGGUCAAUUUGCCUUUGCUGGUUUGAAGAAUUUAGACUCUGGUUGUUUCGGAAGUGUCACAAAAGACAUAAAAGGUCUUAUGGAGCUGAAGGCUCAGGUAUGGGGUCAGCUUUUCAGAAACAAUCCUUUGCUCUCGCAAAUGUUUGAAAAUGCUGAAGAGAACUUGAGCAAACCAGUGUCAAAGUUGCCAUCCAGCAAGCUCGUCCUAAUGUCAUUGAUUUGGAAAAUGAUGUUCCGUUAG